GUAAGAAAAGACAGCGACCCAAUGAAACAGCAUAUGCUCUACUUCGUUCCCUUUUGAUUCCUCGCAGUCCCGCCAUGAGAGAGAAUAUCCAUUGUUCAGAGUCCCCUCCAAUUAUGUUAGAUUCUUAGAUUCCUUCAUUCAGAGUCUCUUACUCUAUUGAUUUUAACCAAAAACUAUAAUUCAAGGGCAAGCACCUUUAUCCUAUACUCUUCGCAUCUUUUAACAUCAUGAAUUCAACUUCCAUAAAUCCCUCUAUCUCUCAUCGUUUCCUUUCAUCAUCUUUCCUGUCUUCUUCAUCUUCUUCCUCACACUCUCUACCUUGCGUCAGAUUUCAUCAAUUUCAGUCUGUAGGAGCAAUACCCAUAAGUUUUUCUCCCAGACUUUGCCCUUUGCAGGGAUCAAAGAGAGUGAACAGUAGAAAAAGCUUCGUCCUUGAAUCAAGUAAUAUGACCAUUGCAGAUGUUAAUCUCCACGGCGAGGAGGAGGAAGACAACCAUCCAGCUUUGCUUGAUUCGGAGAACAAUUCCAGGCCUCGUCGAAUUGCUCUCUUUGUUGAGCCUUCUCCUUUUGCAUAUGUCUCAGGAUAUAAGAAUCGGUUUCAGAAUUUCAUCAAAUACCUACGUGAAAUGGGAGAUGAGGUCAUGGUCGUGACCACACAUGAAGGAGUGCCCCGGGAAUUUUAUGGAGCAAAAAUAAUUGGGUCGCUGAGCUUCCCUUGUCCAUGGUAUCAGAAAGUUCCCCUCUCCUUAGCACUUAGUCCAAGAAUAAUUUCAGCGGUUGCCAGAUUUAAGCCGGACAUAAUUCAUGCAUCAUCCCCUGGCAUAAUGGUUUUUGGCGCCCUUGUCAUUGCGAAACUCUUGUGCGUGCCUCUUGUCAUGUCUUAUCAUACCCAUGUACCAGUGUACAUUCCAAGAUACACCUUUAGUUGGCUGGUGAAACCCAUGUGGAUGAUCAUAAAAUUUCUUCAUGGAAUGGCAGACUUGACUCUGGUGCCAUCAGCUGCUAUUGGGAAGGAUCUUGAAGAAGCAAAAGCAACAGCAGCUAACAGGAUUCGUCUUUGGAGUAAGGGUGUUGACUCAGAAAGUUUCCAUCCUCGAUUCCGGUCACAUGAAAUGCGAGUAAGACUGAGCAAUGGUGAACCUGAGAAACCCUUAAUAAUUCAUGUUGGACGACUUGGAGUUGAGAAGAGCUUGGAUUUUCUCAAAAGGGUCAUGGACAGACUUCCUGAAGCAAGAAUAGCAUUCAUUGGAGAUGGCCCGUACAGGGAGGAGCUGGAGAAAAUAUUUGAAGGUAUGCCUGCAGUAUUUACAGGCAUGUUAGGAGGGGAAGAAUUAUCUCAGGCAUAUGCAAGUGGAGAUGUCUUUGUGAUGCCUUCAGAGUCUGAGACGCUUGGCCUCGUGGUCUUGGAGUCCAUGUCUUCCGGUGUUCCUGUGGUGGGAGCACGUGCUGGAGGAAUCCCAGAUAUAAUCCCUGCAGAUCAAGAGGGCAAAACUGGCUAUCUCUAUACUCCUGGUGACCUUGAAGACUGCUUGAGCAAGCUAAAGCCAUUGUUGUACGACAGAGAGUUGAGGGAAACCAUGGGGAAAGCUGGGCGGGAAGAAAUGGAGAAGUGUGAUUGGAGAGCAGCCACUCGAAAGAUUCGGAACGAGAAUUACAACACAGCCAUAUGGUUUUGGCGUAAGAAAAGAGCUCAGUUACUGAGGCCUUUACAAUGGCUGGCAAAACGUGUUUUCCCAUCGCCAGGACCAGAAGCUAUCAACUACAGGUAAAAAAUGUGAUGCAACAUUCAAGUAACAUAUUUUUUGAGCCUAGGCUGGUUUCUAGCAAGCAUUAUUAUGGCUUCAAAGAAGCCUUGUGUUGUGUGGUGCAGAAUGAGUGAAUGUGUGAUCGAUUGUGAUUGUCUUGCUGCCCAUUCAGUGUAUAUAAUGGAACAAAAAAUCCUAGUAGCCUUCCCUUUCAUGCUGUGCCAUGACUUUUUAGAAUGAAAAUUUGUGAUGCCUUAUAUCAAGCCAGUCUGAUUGGACGGUGGGAACCACAUCAAGAGAAAUUCUGGAGCAUAUGUGGUUUACUGAAAUAAAUAGAUGUAGCCUCUACUAGUUCCCUGAACACAUCCUUUUUCACCUAACAAUGGAUGGACGCUUUUCUUCUGCAAGUGUGGUUUGGUUAUUUCAGUUUGCGCUGAGUGCCUUUUUAUUGUAUUACAAAUAUUUGCGUAUAAAAUCAUUCUUCCUGUUGGUUUAA